CCUCGGAUCCCAAGAGCCCGGAGCCCAAGAGCCCAAGAUGGCAGAGCUGCGGAGCGUCAGAUGAGAGUGGACGUGUGCCCUAGCCCGUGACCGCGUCCUUUGGCCAUGUCUUGCGGUGAACCCACGCCCGAAGGCUAUCUCGAGAGAAGAUGAUGAAGAAGGUGAGCCUAGCGCUGAGCCGGUCGCCUCGCCAUGGGAGCAGCAGGUGCGGGAGUGCCAACGGUGAGGUGGUGCUGGGGUCGUCCUCGGCCGCCACGACCCUCGCCACCUCCUCGACCUCUUCCUCUUCUGCCUCUUCCUCCUCGCAGCACGACGCCGACAAGAAGAAAAAAUCGAGAGCCGGCGGGAUCCUGCAGACGUUGAAGAAGAAGAUCAGUGACAAGCUGGACACUCUCCAGCAGGGCGGCUCGAGCUCGACCUCGUCCUCGCGGGCCGCCCCCAGGAAGAGCAAGAGUGUCGAGGGCCUCUCCAACAGCUUCGGCGGAGACUCGUUCUCGCAGUCGGUGAGCGAGGAGUCCUCUAGUGAUGGCCUCAACGCCACUGGGGGCGGGGGAAGUGGGGGCACACACAAAGGCAAACAUAGCAAGCGUGCUAUCAGGCCUAUCAACACUCCCAUCAACACGCCCAUUACACGCCAAAACUCGUCAUCACAUGUGUUGGCAGCUAAUGGCGAGGUGGACACACAAGGGGGCAAGGGUGAGGGUGGCCAGGGCAUCACGGCAGCUGUGUCCCUGUACAGCAAGCCUAAAGGUUACAUAUCAGAUGCAUCAGUGCAGAAGCAGCAGCAGCAGGUGUUGACUGAAGGCCAGGUGCCCAGGGCCAACGGCCGGGAUAAAGUGCCGACAGUGACAGUGGAUAGUGUUGGGGGGGUUGAGGAGUGUGUGUACACCAGUGCCAAUGUUCCCAGAAGGGGCCUUGGUGUUGCCAAGAAUGCUGACCACAGUGCCAUAUCGGAGACGUCAUCACCACAGCCCAACCGGACGUGUGGAUGCGAGUUGUGGGACCUUCAGGACAUGAGUCUAGAUGCUAGUAAGAGGAGCCUGGCAGAAGAGCUCUUCCAUCUGGCAAAGUACGGAUGGUACUGGGGACCAAUCACACGUGCCGAGGCUGAGGAAAAGCUCUUUGACCAGCCUGAUGGAGCCUUCCUUGUUCGAGAUUCAUCUGACGACAAGUACCUGCUGAGCCUAAGCUUCCGGUCAUUCAACAGGACGCUCCACACACGCAUUGAACACAGCAAUGGCUGGUUCAGUUUCUACCCGCAUCCAGAGCAUGAGGGCCACACCAGCCUGGUGGGGCUGAUUGACCACAGCAUGAGCCAUUCUGAGUCAGGUGUCUUCUGCUACUCCCGAGCCCGUGGGCCUGGGUCUCCAUCCUUCCCUGUGAGGCUCACCAAGCCAGUCUCCAGGUUCACUCAGGUGCGAUCCCUACAAUACCUUUGCCGAUUUGUGAUCAGACAGUACACUCGUGUGGACCACAUACAGGCCUUGCCGCUGCCAACAAGGAUAAAGGGAUACCUUGAAGAAGGUCACUACUGACCCUGAAGAAGUGAGGUUGCAAGAACAUAGAUUGUGUCAUAAAUAUUUCUGCUUUAAACCCUCUUCCUCUUAUGGCAUGCGAGUGAGUAAUCUCAUUCAAGAAGAGAAAGACUUAAAGA